AUGUAUGAAAUCCCUGUGAAUGUUCCUGUGGAUACUGUAAAACUUCGAAUAGAGAAAACUGUCAUACGAAGGAUUCCAACUGAAGCCUUUUACUACCUAGUAGAUCUCAAAUACCUGUGGGUAACUUAUAACUGUGUAGCCAACAUUGAUAUCAGCAGCUUUUAUAACUUGAAACUACUGCAUGAGUUACGGCUGGAUGGUAAUCUGCUUUCGACUUUCCCUUGGGAAUCACUGGCAGAGAUGCCCAACUUACGGACUCUUGAUUUACACAACAAUAAAGUGACCAGCAUUCCCGCUGAUGCUGGCCGGUACCUGAGAAACCUCACCUACCUGGACAUAUCCAGCAACAAGCUAACCACCUUGCCAUCAGACCUGAUGGACAUCUGGCCCCCCUUCUCAGGAACUGUCCUGUCCAAGAACACAGACAUUCUGGUGACACAGAGAGUCAUUUUGGGUUUUCAGGACAACCCAUGGUUCUGUGACUGCCGCAUUUCAAAGCUGAUUGAAUUUUCCAAAAUUGUGGACAGCUCAGUUGUGCUUCUUGAUCCAUUGAUUUCGUGUAGUGGACCUGAGAGCCUGGCGGGAAUCUUGUUCCAGAGAGCUGAGUUAGAGCAGUGUCUUAAACCAUCUGUGAUGACAUCAGCAACAAAAAUCACUUCCCCUCUGGGAAGCAAUGUUCUGCUGCGCUGUGAUGCGACUGGGUACCCAACACCGCAGCUUACCUGGACUAGGUCAGACAAUAUACCAGUGAACUAUACAGUAAUUCAAGAAACUCCUGGAGAGGGUGUCAGAUGGUCCAUAAUAAGCUUGACAGGAAUUUCCUACAAGGAUGCAGGAGAAUACAGAUGUAAAGCCAAGAACUUGGCAGGAAUGUCAGAAGCUGCUGUUACUGUCACAGUGGUUGGUGUAGUUACUACAACUGUGUCACCACAGAAGUAUGGAAGGAAGCAAGAGGCUGAGAGGCAGAAUACAACUCAGGAGGAAUCCAAGCAGGAACCCGAGAUGACAACCACACCCCUUGCCACAACACCGAGCACAACCACAGCACUGGUUAGCACUGAAAGAUCAACGAGCAUCACGUUUGCUGACAAGAAGCAACCCAGGCCCAUGUUUGAUGGAAAGAAAAAUUCAAAGGCUGUGACAAAUGGAAACAAAAAGCAGACUGGGGAGAUAAGCAAGAAAGGUGAGGACACUCCACUGAAUACAGCAGGUAUGCCUGAGCAAAACAUCACUGUGAAGAAUCUAAGAGUGAUCAGUGAAACUGAUGAAAGAGUGACCUUAACUUGGAAAACUGUCAAUGCCACAAGCAACUCCGCAGUGACUGUAUUGUACUCCAAGUAUGGUGAGAAAGAUAUGUUGCCUCUGAGCACUGACUCUAACAAAAACAGAGUCACAAUUGAUGGUUUACAACCUAGUACUCAAUAUAUGGCAUGUGUCUCACCCAAAGGCGUGCCACCUACAAAAGAACAGUGUGUUAUUUUCUCCACUGAUGGGUUAAAUGAUGAAAGCAGUUCUGAGUUUUCUAUUCUGAUAGUGGCCAGCAGUGCAGCAUGCGUGGUUGUUUUACCUUUGAUAUUUUUUUUACUCUACAAAGUUUUAAAACUUCAUAUGAAACCAAAAAGUGCAAAGGAAGCUGACCUUGCAAAAGAAACCUAUGUGAAAUUUGAAACACUGUCUCUGAAACCUCGAACAGUGAGUGCAGGAGAGCAGCUCUGGGCACGGAGGUACACCGAUGAGUCGGAAAGACUUCUCCUUUGCUCUAGGUCAAGCAUGGAUUCUCAAAUGACCUUCAAAAGUGAGGGUUCUAGGUCAGAGUAUCUGUGUUGAACAUGAGUGAGGGUGGAAAUGGAAUAAACAAUAGGUUAAAUUAUUCCAAAAUGAUACUGCAUCUGGAAGCAGGUUGAUGCUAAGUCAUGGGCAGAAUAUGAUAUCUGAUAUAAUACAGUCUACUGGAUGGGUAGAGUGGUGGGAGAAUAAAAGAAAAAUAUUACCUGUUUAUUUUCUUUUUUAAUGUUUGUGAAUUUGGAUGUGAAGGCAUGAUGUUCUUCAAAAGAUAAAUACAACUUUGAAAUGGUUUCCUGGUUAAAAAUAUUCUAUUUCUUGUUUUUAUUAUAAUGUUCUGUUUUCUCUUCUCUCAUUUUAACAUAUGAUGUCCCAAUUGCAUGUAUCAAACACUAAUCACAAUCUUCAUGAAAGUGAUGUACUUAAAAAUAGAAGGAAAAUAAUUUAAACUACUUCUAUUGUGGUUGAAACUUUAUUUGAAAAUACAAGGUUUUUCUGACAUCAGCUUGUGCUUUGAGAUGUCAUACAGGUCUGUUUGUACAGUAUCUUGGAUUGAAAGUGUUCUCAGGUCAGUGAAGACUGAAGCUACGUAGCCACAGUGUAUGGGCUCUUGAGAGGUACAAUACACAUCAUGUUGUCAUUUUGCAGAUGCUGUUGCAAAGGGCAAAGAAACUUGUUUAGUAUUCGAAGCUCAGAUAAGAUAUCGUGAGUAACUCUGAGAGAGACACUAGAUAAUCAUGUUAUUUUACAUCAGAUGAUCUUUUUGCAAAAUCUCAGCCUUAGAAUUUUCUUGGAUGCAUCUGUCUAUAUACCUCAAUUUCAGAAAUCUGUACAGAAAAUGUCGUGGUACUGUGUAGUGCCACACGCACUCUUAUAGGACUAUAUAUUACACAGAUAUUGCACAAUAUUAUGUACUAUGCUUCAGUAAUAUAAUGCAUUUUGAGAUACAGUAAGAGGAGGUUUCGUCCCCUGGUCAUGCUGGGUGUGAGGUUCAAUGAGCACAGUGAAAGUUAAUUGUGAGUGUGCUUCCUAAUGUUUAAAAAAUCAUGAAUUAACAGUAACAAUGAAUUCAGAGUUGCCUAUUAAUGAUAACAAUGAAUUGUCUAUUCUGAGGCUGCUUUUUUAUGCCUGAAGUAAAUAACAUAACUUUUAUUGUUUUAGAUUCAGAUAUUAUGGUUAGAAGUAUGUAUGAAUUGUGAACCACAGUUUUUCCUAAAAAUUACAACUGUGUUGUUUUCUUGGACCUUUCUAUGCCUAGAGGAACUGUUUGUUUUGCUAGGAAAUAGGAAAUUGUAAUUUUCCAGAGGGAGAAAUAUUGCUCAAAGCUACAAACCAAAGCUUAGUUUGUCAACUUCAAAACAGUGACAUUUUUCAAUGUCACUAGUGUAGGAUUAAAUUUUACCUGCUGGAAUGCUGAUGAGCUUAUCUUGUAAGGCAUAGAUUAGUGAGAGGAAAACACUUUGUCAAAAAGCGUCCAACAUAAAAUCAUGGCAGGAAAUGAACACACUGAAAAACCUCCACAGUAUCUACACAAUGGUGUUCAAUGACCAGGACUAGCAGAAUGAGUAUUUGAGACUUUGCGAGCUGUAGUAAGGAAGCAGAUGAGAUGUUCAAAAGUGCAAAAUUAUCUUACCUGCUUAGAAUUCACCUUGGUGUUCCUUUCCAUGGUACUAGUAUGUGUGGUUAAAAAUCAACCUUUCUUUGUUUUCAGUGGAUAAUUUUGACUGCAGUGAAAAUGAUUUUAGUCUUCUAAGUGGAACAUUUUACUUUGUCUUUUUUUUUUUUAAUUUAGGAGUUUUUUAGGGAAAGCAGAUUCUUUUUGUGUCAAAAUCAAGUUUCGUCUGACAACCAGUUAAUGAUAAACUGAGAUUUUAACAGGAUCUGAAGUGUUUAAAUAUUUGCCUUCUUUCUUCCUUACAGAUAGUAUAGCUGGUAGUUGUUGAAGAUGUUUCCAAUAAAAACCACCAUAUUUGUCGUUAAGGAGAGCAAUUGUAUUAACAUUUAUUUUUUAAUUCCUGGAGAAUAUUUGAUUUCAGGUUUGAAAGCUCUGCAAGAAACCUGAAUCUAGUUCUGGAGUUCAAAAGUGCUAUUCACCUGACUUGUAGGUGAUACAUCAAUAUAUAGAACUGAGGUGGUGCGCAGUUUGUUGAGAGAGCUCACUUAUGAAUGUAAAUCUUUUGGUUUGACUAAUCCUGGUGGAAUUAGCAUGUCCUAAAGUUAGGAAUUAAUCAUGGACUAUCAGUAUAUCAAAGAUGGAGUUUAUUAUAAAGGGCAUGUUCUUUGAAGAAAACAUGAGAUAUAUGGUUUUCCCACAGUUCUUGAGACAAAAAGAGUUACAUAACCCAUAUGCUUCUGUACCUCAUAUCAAAACAGCAAAUUUGCUGAGAGUUUUUGGCAGGAAUUUGAUACAAAGGCCAAAUCACACAAUAAAGGCAUGUGCACUGCAUCACCCAGGAUUGGUUUAACUCAAGAGCUGAAGAAAUACUUCUGCUAACAGAUGCAAUUUUUUAUAUUGUCAAUUGUUAAUGAUGUGAUAUAGAUUUUGUCACCCAUAAUAGUUUGUAUAAUAUCUUCUGAAAUGCAAUACUGAAUCAAUCAUCACUAUGAAUAAUGAUGACUAUAGUCUAUAUUUGCCUGGUAGGAGAAUUUGUAGAGGAUUUAAUCAAUGUUUAUGUAUCGCCUUUCAUAUAUUUUGCACUUUGUUAGCUCAGUUCAUCCUGCUUUUCACCAAAAAGGUUAGACCUCUUUUUAUACAUUACCUACAAUGGGUGUGUCAAAAUUGGAUGGCAAAUGAAAUAACUGAGUAAUGUGAACUGAAUUCUAAAUAGAGCUCACUUUUACUUAGAGCUUUAGUGGGCCUUAGUACUUAGCAUACUUAUCCAUAAUCUUGGCUUCAAUGUGCACUUACUAAGCCAAACUUAAGGCAUCCAUGCAUCUAUUUUAGUCCUUGCCAUUGCUCACAGUGGAUUUUGUAUUCCUUGCACUAUCAUCAGAUUCUCGUACUUUUCUCAGACAGGAGAUUAAUUUCAUGUAUACCAUGAAAAUGUCUGUAAUAGCAAAACCAUUCAGACUUGGACUACAUCUAAGAGGCUAAACAAAGGACAUUUUAAACUCAUUACCUUUUCAAAGAAGUAAUUA